GCAUGUGAGCCAGCCAGGGGAGUAUGUUCACUUCUUCAACCCAGGAUUCCUUUUUCUUAUUCUUAAACAGUUUUUUAUUUCACAAAAUUAAAAUUUAAUUAAAACCCAUGAUAAUGAGUCAAUGAGUGUAAGGACUUUGAUCGUGUUUAGUUAUUUAAUUAGACAACCACAAUUACGGACAUGAAUGAAGAAAAAGUACUCAUUUUGACCUCAACCAAACUUGUGAGAUUCAUCAAAGCCAUGAGAUUCAGAUCCUUCCGGCAAUACCCAUUUGAAAUCGGAGCCUGAAUUUGGAGCUGCUGCAAAUGGCGAAGUUGUUGAUUUUGGUCUUGGUGGUCGUGGGAUUGAUGGGUCCUGGGUGGAGCGCGGAAACGGGUCGGAAGGCUCCGUGGAGGAUACACACGCUGUUCUCGGUGGAGUGCCAGAACUACUUCGACUGGCAGACAGUGGGCCUGAUGCACAGCUUCAGAAAGGCCCGGCAACCAGGGCCUAUUACCCGACUCCUCAGCUGUACAGAGGAGGAGAAGAAGAACUAUAGAGGGAUGGGUUUGGCUCCCACGCUUGAGGUCCCUUCCAUGAGCAGACACCCCAGGACUGGAGACUGGUACCCUGCAAUUAAUAAACCUGCUGGAGUUGUGCACUGGCUUAAACACAGUAAAGAUGCUGAUAAUGUUGAUUGGGUAGUUAUUCUGGAUGCAGACAUGAUCAUCCGAGGCCCUAUAAUACCUUGGGAACUUGGUGCUGAGAAAGGCAAACCUGUUGCAGCUUAUUAUGGGUACUUGAUUGGAUGCGAUAAUGCACUAGCUAAGUUGCACACAAAACACCCAGAACUCUGUGACAAAGUUGGUGGGCUUCUAGCCAUGCAUAUUGAUGAUCUUCGAGCAUUGGCUCCCUUGUGGCUUUCAAAAACAGAAGAAGUGCGAGAAGAUAGAGCUCACUGGUCCACCAAUCUAACUGGCGAUAUUUAUGGGAAAGGGUGGAUCAGUGAGAUGUAUGGAUACUCUUUUGGUGCUGCAGAAGUUGGUCUUCAGCACAAGAUCAAUGAUAACUUGAUGAUCUACCCUGGCUACAUCCCACGAGAGGGAGUUGAACCUAUUCUUCUUCACUAUGGCUUGCCAUUCAGUGUUGGAAAUUGGUCUUUUAGUAAACUAGAUCACCAUGAGGAUGAUAUAGUUUAUGACUGUGGUCGACUAUUUCCUGAACCUCCAUUUCCUAGAGAGGUACAUCUGAUGGAAUCUGAUCCAAAUAAAAGGCGGGCACUAUUUUUAAGUAUAGAGUGCAUUCACACUUUGAAUGAAGGUCUUUUAUUACAACACAAGGCAAAUGGAUGCUCUAAACCAACUUGGUCAAAAUACUUGAGCUUUUUAAGGAGCAAAACUUUUGCUGAACUUACUCGGCCAAAACUUCUAACUCCUGCUACUAUACAAACUGAGAAAGAAUCAAUACAGGCUGUACCAAAGCAGUUCAUUGCUGAGCCUGGGAGGCAAUAUCCAAAAAUUCACACCAUUUUUUCCACAGAAUGUAUAACGUACUUUGAUUGGCAGACUGUAGGACUUGUCCACAGCUUCCACCUGAGUGGCCAGCCUGGAAACAUCACACGACUUCUCAGCUGUUCCGAUGAAGACUUGAAGCAGUACACUGGCCAUGACCUGGCUCCUACUCAUUAUGUUCCUUCCAUGAGCAAACAUCCAUUAACAGGCGAUUGGUAUCCAGCAAUCAAUAAACCGGCUGCGGUCCUUCACUGGCUUAAUCAUGCAAAUAUUGAUGCCGAGUUCAUAGUAAUUCUUGAUGCAGAUAUGAUCUUAAGAGGUCCGAUUACUCCAUGGGAGUUCAAUGCAGAACGUGGGCGGCCAGUUUCAACUCCCUACGAGUACCUUAUUGGGUGUGACAAUGAGCUUGCAAAACUCCAUACUCGCCAUCCUGAUGCAUGUGACAAGGUUGGAGGUGUAAUCAUCAUGCAUAUAGAUGAUCUCCGGAAUUUUGCUCUGCUAUGGCUGCAUAAAACAGAGGAGGUCCGUGCUGACAAAGCUCAUUAUGCCAAAAAUAUCACAGGCGAUAUAUAUGAAUCUGGGUGGAUAAGUGAGAUGUAUGGUUAUUCAUUCGGUGCAGCUGAGUUGAAAUUAAGGCAUCUCAUUACCAGGGAGAUAUUGAUAUACCCUGGAUAUAUUCCUGAACCUGGUGUCAAAUAUAGAGUUUUCCACUAUGGAUUGGAGUUCAGAGUUGGAAAUUGGAGCUUUGACAAGGCAAAUUAUAGGGAUGUUGAAAUGGUUAAUAGAUGCUGGGCAAAGUUUCCAGACCCACCGGAUCCUUCAACACUUGAUCACACUAAUGAGGACGUACUACAGCGUGACCUGCUUAGCAUAGAAUGCAUAAAGACGCUGAACGAGGCACUACGCCUGCAUCAUGAGAAGAGGAACUGCCUUGAUCCCAGUACCCUAUCCACCUCGAGGCCGAAUACAGCAAAGGAAAUUGCAAUGUCAAGGAAAUUUGGUAGCUUUGAUGAAAUUAAUGCUGCAAGAAGCAACCACUUGCCAAAUAAUAAUUCUCAUGGAUUGUCAAAGCCUGCCGUGAUAGACAGGAUGUUUAGUUCUUUCAGGUUCUGGCUUGUUGCUCUAUGGGCUUUUGCUGGUUUUGGUUUCUUGGCAGUCAUGUUUGUGGUGUUUUCCAGUCGGAAAAAAAGAACAAGAGGAAAAAAUUACAGAAACAAGAGAAGAUCUUCACAUACUUGAUACUUUGAUAUGAAGACGUGAGAGGCAACUUUGCAGUGUUGACAAAUCCUUAUUUUUUUGGGAAUUACAGCAAUACAUUGCAUGCUACAGGGAAUCGGCAAGACCAAUCCAUUCUAGCAUUCAUCCUUCUAAUUAUUAUAUUUUUUAGUAUUGUUUUACAGAGAUCAAGAUGGACAUAUGAGAAAUAGGACAUUAUGAAGAAAAGAUAGCAUGUGUGGGAAGAGAUCUGCAUGAGAUUUUAUACUUGAGAGACUUUUCUUUUUUCUUUUCUUCAUAUUGUACGCUUGCUCACUGUUUGGUUAAUGUGCAAGUGGUGUGCUUGUACCCUUACAAAAUAAGCCUAAUGUGUUUCAUAGUUUUGGUUUUGUAUGAAUUACUGUAAUAUUCUAACA